AUGAUCGAUUCAAGCGCAACAACGAACCUGCUCUGCAUCAUCCCGAUAUCCACCACUGGUAUGACUGACAGUUUGUCCCGUCUGUACCCCUCAACGCCUGGCGUCGCAAUCACUUUUAUCGACGGAAGAGAUCUUGACGAAUGCCCUCCUUGUAUCGAAAAUCAUGAACAGGCUCUAAGCUCGACUGAGGCCGUUUUACCUCGAGUCACAAGCUAUCUAAAUUCGCACGCAGUUGAUGGUGUUUUAGUCUGCUGUUUCUCUGAUCACCCUCUCGUCUACGCCUUGCAGGAGAAGUUUCAAUUACCCAUCACUGGAAUUUUCCAAGCUGCCCUUGAAGAAGCGACCGAGGACGGUGAAAAGUUUGGCAUUGUCACGACGGCACACGCGUGGGAAGACAUCUUGACCGUUUCUGUCAAAGAACUUGGGUUUCAAAAACAUUCAGCAGGCGUAGCAUCUACUGGCUUAGGAGUCUUGGAAUUAGAAAGUCUGGAUCGACAGACUGUGCUCGAGCGUAUAGCUACUUCAUCGAAACGCCUAAUUGACAACGAAACGAAGAGCAUCAUCCUUGGCUGUGCAGGUAUGACUGCCUUAGAACACGACAUCCAACAAGUGCUCCCGUCUCCAAUAAAGACCAUUGACGGCGUACGAUCUGGGAUCAGAACCCUGACUCGCCUAGCUCAGAAGAGGUCAGGUUUGGAAAGCGGAAGGCAUACAAAGGCAUACGAAGGGGAUCUACGCCGUUCGGAAGGGGCAGACUUUUUAGUAAGUUAG